UUUUGGAAAUAACUAUUCAAAAGUGUAUUAUCGUUGUCUUAUAACUUUGUGUUUAGGAAGUUUAUUGUGCAGCUAAACUUUAAGUUUUAAGACAGCGAAUUACUAUCGUAAAUUGUCUCCAAUGAAAUCGAUUGUGUUAACCACGCUAUCUGUGUUUUUGGGGUUAUUUUUUAUAUUUGUUGGGUCGAUGAAAGUAACACCAAGCAUAAAUAGAGAAAUGCACAGAGAAAUUAGAAGAAAUUUUGUGCAGUAUGCAAAAGUGUUUCCAUUUGCUAAAGCUUUGGGGUUCAAGGUGCCAUCAAAAUGGAUGAGGAUUGUAGUUGGUUGGAUAGAAGUAGUUUGUGGAACGACUCUUGUUCUCAUACCUGGAAAUGUAAAGCAGGUAGCCAACGUUAUUUUGCUCGUACUAAUGCUUGGUGCUUUUUACACUCACUCCAUGCUGGCUGAUAAGUUUGAAAAAACAGCUCCUUCUAUAGUUUUUUCUCUGAUGUUGGGCUGUAGACUUGUAGUUUUCUAUCAAGUUCGUCGUAAAGAAAGACAAGUAAUGGAACAAGAAGCUAAGGUGACAACUUACAGUGAACCUCCCACAGUGGGUCAUUUAAAUGCUAAAAGUCUGAAACAAGAAUGAAUUAUGGAAGUUUUGGGAGCACUAUGCAUAGACCAACUUUAGUUUCCCUCAGUGUAACUUAACACUUUGAAAUAGUAAUUGAAAUGUAUGUGUUUUAUGAUGUGGAAUAAUUUCUGUUUCUCAGACAGUUUAAGAUGUUUUAUGUUAGGAGUUGAAAAAAAAAUCUUUUCUUGUUUGUAGUAGCAGAUUAUAUUACAUGUAGCCUCUUUUGAAACUGUUUUUCAAUUGAUCCUACACCAUAGUUGUAUGUUUCCAUCUCUCACUAUUUUCACUUAUACUCCUCACACACAUAAAGUAUGUAAAUGUACAAUAAUUAUGGUAGGUUUGGGAGGAAAAAUUAUCUGUUAAGCUACUAACGAUAGCAGUUGACGAUGAAAAGUGAAUUGAAGGAAACUAUCAGAAUCUCAUCACUCAGUAAUUUAUAGUGUAUGUGCAUUCUUAGUUUUACAAUGCAAACUGUUGUUUGGAGAAAAUGUUGUGAUUACAGAUGCAUAGGUUGUCAUAUCUAAUGCUAGACUGUUUAUUCACUAUCACAUCAUAUAUUAGAAAUAUACAAAAAAAUUUGUGUCUAAGCAGUUUAAUGGUAGUAACAUUCCGGUUCAUAUUUUGUAUAUGUCAAAUAUUGCAGUUGAUUUGUGUUGGCAUGAGCUUAAAUUAUGUUGUAUAAAGCACAAACCUGGGAUAGGACAGGUUGGGAUAAGGUGCUUGUGAAGAAGAGGGGUUUCAUUUUUUAUUUCAUUUUAAUGGUUAGAAACAUCAACAAAUGCAUAAUUUGAACAAUGCUAAACAGAAGAAAAGAUGCUUAAAUAUUUUUGAGCUUAUCAAAAUGUGCUAAAAUGUUAAAUAUAGUGAUUCUGUAGACAAAUUUAUGGGGAAAAUUGCAAAAAUUAAAAAUAAAAUUACUUAAAUGGCUUUUGUAAUUUUUGAAGUAAGAUAUAAGGAACAUAAGGUAAUUGUAUAGAAAUUUCACAAAAGAAAGUUUUAUAUCACAAGAAGUGAUUAAAUUUUGUGAAAGAACUGUACUGUUAAUAAGUUCUUUUUAUCUUCAUUUUCAUAAUAUCUCCAAAUAUAACAGACAGACAUACUAGUGAAGCUUGAACUGCAUAAGUAGAGUACCUUUCAACUGUGUCUCAUUAUAGGAAAACAUGUUUAAAGACUUGCAAAGUUUUCAGUCUUAAUUUUAUGCCAUUUAAUUAUACAAUGCUUUGUUUACUUACAGAAUAUGAUAGCUCAUUGUUGACCAUUACAUGAUAGUUAAUUUUUGAAAUUGAAUAAUCCUUCUUUUCAAUUUUUUUUUUGAGAAGAAAAUAUAGAAAUCCUUUUAACUACUUGGUUGAUUUGACAAUUUCCUUUGCUUAGGCUUAACUACAACGACCUUAAAAGUGUCACUUAAACAAGUUAUUAGAGACAUUCGCUACACAUUUAAUGGUCAAUUUUCAACACAUGGAGGAACCCAUAUGGGUCACCUUUUAGAGUUGUACAUUUCUCUGUUACUGUAAGUGUGAAAGAGUAAUCAGGUAUCCCAGCAAUUUCUAAAAAAUAGCUGCAGAGAAGGUGUACUUAUGAAUUCUAAGCUCUUGACAAGACACUCUUUUAUGAAAAUUAAAAAUGAUAAACAGUUCUAGAUGUUAUGGUUAAUGAACUGAAUGACUAAUUUAUAAGGUUUAUGUACUAAGUGCUUCUAGAUGUUCUGGUCAACUACCUGAAUGAAUAUUUAAUAAAGUUUGUUCACUAAGCACUUCUAGGUGUUUAGGUUAACUUGAAUGACCAGUUUAUAAGGUUUGUGUACUAAGUACUUAUAGAUGUUCUAGUCAACUAUCUGAAUGAAUAAUUUAUAAGGUUUGUUUACUAAAAACACAUCUAGGUGUUCUGGUUAACAUGAAUGACCAGUUUAUAAGGUUUGUGUACUAAGUACUUAUUGUUGUUCUAGUCAACUACGUGUUUACUAAAACAACUUCUAGGUGUUCUAGUUAACAUGAAUGACCAGUUUACAAGGUUUUUUUACUACGCACUUCUAAGUGUUCUGGUUAACAUGAAUGACCAGUUUAUAAGGUUUGUUUACUACACACUUCUAGGUGUUUUGGUUAACUUGAAAGACCACUUUGAAAGAUUUUUGGGGUAAAAACUGUUUAUUCAUCCUGCAUGAUAUGUUGAGACAUGACAGAUCCUUGAUACUGGCUUCUUGCAGUGUGGACAGGACUAGUGAAUGUUAUUGGCCAAAUGUCAAACAACUGAUUGAUGAGUCAUUGCAGACAGUGGUGAGACACACCCAAGUAUUUAACAGCAUGUUUGAUAAGAACUAAAAGUUUUAUGGUUAAGUUUUUUCCUGUAGUAUUGAAGUUAAAAAUGUGAAACAGCUGGAGUGAAUAGAAAUUUUGCUGUGAAGCUUAUGAUGUGCUAUAUUCAUACAAAGUUAAACCUAACUAGACAGUGUCACAUAAAUUUUUGUAGUUUUUCAUUAUUUUCGAAUUGUAUUCUUACAGAAAACCUUGAAUAUAAAAAGAAACUUCAGAUUUCUGAACACACAAGAAAAAUCUAACACAUACAAAUGCAGCUGUAAGCAAAGCAUUCACUUUUUAAAAUUAAAUGUAGCUAUUAUUCUUUAGUUAAGAAUUAAGAAAAUAAUUUUUUCUAUCCAGUAGACUUCCAAAGUUUUCAGUUUCUCAUUCUAGCACAACAUGUGUUUCUAACUAAACACCUUAUUAUUAUUAUUAUAACCCGAUUUUAUUGAGCAUUUGACAACUGUUGAAUGACUAACUUUUGUAAUGAUGCAAAGCAAUGAUUGAAAACCUGUGCUUUUUAAGAUACAUAAGCAGUAAACUUAAUCCCACGCAUCCAUUAUAUAAGCAGCAAAAUAACAAUCACUGAAAUUGUAAGAUAUGUUCGAUACUUAAUCUUUGGAUACAUCAGACUUUGAACAGUAAGUCAGAGUGAACAUCAAAACAAUAGUAUUUAGCAGUUCUUGUUUUACUACUCCAGUUGCCUUUAUAUUUACUUGUAAUUUUUUAAUUGUAUUGGGGGUGGGGGAGAAUGUUAAAAAAAAAGUUGUAUUUUUUCUUUUUAUAAGCAAGACCAAUUCUAUGUACAAUAAUUGUGCAACUUAACAUUGAUGGAUCAGGUUUUCAUGGAUGUCUUUUUUCCAAUGCCACAAGACCUUUUAACUUCUCUAAUUUGAGCCUUUUUUGUUUCACACUUUUCAGACUGUUAUGUGAUAUUUAUAUACAAUUUUUAAAAAAGUGCAGAAAUUAUUCCUAAAAGCAUUUUUUGAAAGUUGAAUGACUUUAUUGAAGAGGUUGUGUAAAGUUUUUUUUUUGAUCAUGAGAUUAAGCAUAUGGAUCAAUUUGAUCUCAAUAUUAACUUUUUUUUUAUCAAAAUAAAUCAUAUCAUGAAAUCUUAUUAGUCUUAUUCAUGUAUUUAACAUAGAUUUAUUUGCUAAAUACUCAGUAUUAUAUAGAUAUACACAUGUAUUUAUCUGCAUAUACAUUUUAGUUGUAUAUGAUUUUUUAUUAUACAUUUUACAUCUUAUUUUGUAUAGUUAAUCAUUGUAGAAUAUCUAAAUUUUAAAAUGACAAUGAUUUAUAUAUUAUUAGAACUUGAAACAUGAACAUUUUGAAAUAUUGAUUUCAAGAAUUGAGGUUUUUUUACUCCUCUCAGUUUGAAAUAAAUGCCUCUAAAGAUUUUGAUAAAGCUUGAUCUGUUACUUUUAUAAUAUAUUCACUCUCUGAAUACACAUGUACAAAAUAUAUCAUAUUAUUGUCUUAAAUCAUCUCUAGGUUACUGAAUCAGUAGAAAGGUUUAGAUUAUUAAAAACCAUGUGACUUUGGCCGGUGUUCCUGAUUAAAAUUGUAGUGACAACCAAGAUUGGUGCUAAAACAGAUAAAUAAAUUUAAAGCUUGAGCAUUUUAAAACAGUCUCUUAAUCUGGAGCUAAUGUAGAAAAGACCGCUCUUUGAAAUAACUCGAAGUUUUGACCAGUUAUUUUUUUGGUAAUGAAACACAACUCUUCACAUUUCAUCUUUGAAGUUAGUUUGUUCUAAGACUAGUGUGUGGUGUCUUUACAGAGACAUUGAGAAAACAUUUGUACAACAUAUGUAGAAUUUUACCACACUGACAAACAGUUAUGUCUAACUUUAUUAUUAUAACCCAUGUAUUGUGCACAUGUUUUAAGAUUAUCAGUUUGCAGUGUGCUAUUUGAAGAUAUUGUAAUCGGUGAUUGUGGAAAUUUAUCUGAUUCCCAGGCUCAUUUUCAUUUGUCUUAAAGUUAGUUUUUGUUUGACAGAUUAAAAGCUAUUUUUUAGACUUAUAAGUUGCUUAGUGAGAAUUUCUUAAAAUGGAAUUUAUAAGGCAAUAAUCAUCAUUAUCUGUAGAAAAUGUAUUAAUCUUAAAAACUAAACUUAAUUGUCAAAUCUAAAACCACACUCUUAGCUGUCAUGAUAAACUCAUUGUAUGUUGGAGAUGAUUUUCUAGAAAUACUGUUUGUGAUAGAUUUCAUGUGUAUUCUAUCUUUGCUGUUAUCCAAAGAGUGAAGUAUUGUUUUUUUUUUUUACUAUUAGAAACGUGUUGUUGUUUCUUUAACCAUAAAUAUAGUUGUCAGUGAAUCAGUUCAUUUUUUAAAAUGCUGUUCCCUAACCACACUUUUUUCUUGUUUAUGUUUAGAUAUAUUGUUCCCCUUCAUAUUCGUUUAAGUUUUAGCUAUUCAAAGAAAGAUGUUUUAAGUUAAAAGUGUAGUUGUUUUAUCAAAGAAAGAAAAUAUUUUUUUUUUUUCUCUAGAUGUUCCACUAUUAUGGCCUACAAUUCACUAUUACGUAUAUAUAUAUUAGAUGGCAGUUAAAAAGAAAGUUUCUAAUAUUUGUUCUCUAGUAAAAAGCUCAUCUAUAGGAAGGGUGAACCAUUUGAGAAGUAGUAGUUUUCUGAUGGAAUCCACAGAUUUUUUUUUACUGUUUAGCCUAGAGUUAAGUAGCGUGCAUACACAUGGGAAUUCGGACUGACCAUCCAUACCAAUGAGAGGUUAAACAAACACUUAGAAUUCAGCUUAGUAAUAUCAGUCAAAACUGUGAUAUUUUUAGAUUACAAGUAAUUAGCUACAAAGUUUGGUUUGUUAUUUAUGUUAACGAAAUAAGGGUUAGAAGAGAAUGAAAAAAUAAAACGUUCAAUGACACAAUUAAAAAAAUGGUGGCAAAUCAGAAAUAAAUAAAUACCUACUUAUUUGACUCGUGAGAUUCAGACUGAUAAUCGUAGGCACGUACGAAACUUUUUGUACAUGAGGGGAUGAAACCAGUCUGAAAACUCAGGUUUCAAAUACGUAAAUAUGUCUAUUUCUUUAAAAACAUUUUUAAGUCCACUUUAUAUCUGUGUGAUUUGAUGAAACUAUAUUAUUCUGUAUCAGUAUACCAGUACAAAUCUAAGAGGUGUUUUUAAUUACAUUUAUUAAUUAUUAUUCAAACUGCCAGUGUUUCGUUGUUGAUGGUAUAAACAGAUAGGAUAAUUCUCAAUCUGUGUUUGUAUUCCGUUAUUUUGUUAAUGUUAAGAUGGCCUGGUGAUUAGGGCAUUUGAAUCUCAUCAUCAAACGUACUCGCCUUAUCAGCUGUUGGCGGUGAGUGGUGUUGACUAGCUCCCUUCUCUCUAAUCUAUCACUGCUAAAUUAUGGUUCCCCCCGUGGGACAACGGUAAGUCUACAGGCUUAUAACCCUAAAAUCCAGGGUUCGAUUCUCUGCGGUGGACACAGCAAAUAGGUCGUUCUGUCUUUGCUCUGAGACUAACAAGCUAAAUUAGGAACGGUUCGCGCAGGUAACCCCCGAGUAGCUUUGCGCGAAAUUCAUAAAACAAACAAAUUAAGAUGCCACGUUUUAGUUUCGUAAUUUGAAGUCAAGAUGUUUUAGUCAUGAUUUAGUUUCGUACUUAAUUGGUGUUGGCUGGAAAGUUGGCGUCCGUGUGUUCUUUAAAUAUAACUUGACUUCUACCGAACUAUUGUAUAUUGGGAAGGCUGCAAGUCAACACCAUCCACCGCUAACUUUUUGACUACUUUUUACCAAUGAAUAGUGGCAUUGACCGUCACAGCUGAAAGGUCGAACAUGUACGGUGACAAGAUUGGAACCCGAGACCAGCAGAUUGCCAGCCGAGUUCCCUAACCACCAGGUCUUUGUAAACUUAGUAAUUCAUAUUAAUAUUAGUAAUGAACCAAUUAAUACUUUGAAAAACUGUUUACUGAAGUGUCAGUAUAAACAUGAGUUAUAUAAGCUUUUAGACGCGCUUUAGCAAAUAUAGUUAUAUUGAGUAGUGUGUGUUGCAUGUAAUCAAAGUGUGUAUAUAUAUACAUAUAUAUAUAUAUAUACUGUGACAGUGGUAACUAUGUAUUUCAUACUUUGUUCUCAAUAAAGUUCGUUUUACGUAAAGAA